AUGGAUCCGGUGAUUGCACCAGGCCCAAUAGAUCCAUCUGUUCUACGGUUGCAGACUUCCCAUAGGAGUCAUGAUGUUUGGUCUGGCGUAGCUGAUAGAGUUCUCUCAGUUAGGGAGCAUGUGGUCAGCGUGGGACAUGAGUGGAGGGUAGAGGGUGGAGUACUAGAGUACGUUAGGCUUGCUUGGUUUUACGGUGUGCAUAGGAUUUUGGGAGGAGGGUUUUUGCUUGACCGUUCUCUUCUUACGGCGUUGGUUGAGAGGUGGAGGCAGGAGACACAUACUUUCCAUCUUGUGGUAGGAGAGGGCACCAUUACUUUACAGGAUGUCGCCGUGCUAUUAGUUCUGAGAGUGCACGACCCACCUGUCAUUGGACCUCCGUUUGAGGGAUGGCAUGACCUAAUUGAGGAGUUGCUGGGAGUUCGACCUGGCUUUGAUGAUAACGGUAAGCCAUUUUUAGAGGGAUCUACUUUGAAGUUGACGUGGCUCAGACGUCACUUCUCACAGAUGUCAGAGGGAGCUGAUGACUUGACCGUUCAGCGAUAUAGCCGUGCUUACAUUCUCACUCUCAUGGGAUCUAUUCUCUUCGCCGACAAAAGUGGCGAUGCUGUGUCACUCUACUACUUGCCGUUCCUUCGAGACUGGGAGACAGCUUCGACCUACAGUUGGGGGAGUGCGACUCUUGGUUUUUUGUACCGGCAGCUAUGUCGAGCAUGUCAGAGAGGAUCGAGACAGAUUGGAGGCCCACUCAUCCUACUACAUCUGUGGUCGUGGGAGCACACUACUAUUGUUCGACCAUACGUUAGGUGGCCUCGAGAUCCGCCACAGGAGGACCUUGAGGAUGAGGAUGUCAUUUUGGGGACUCAGCAUCAGCGAGGUGUUGACCCUUUGGCAUGCAGGUGGUUACGAGUCCAUCUCUCGUGUGCGCAUACUGCUUCUGGACUAUCAUAUUACCGAGAUGCGUUUGACCAUCAGCGUGAGGACCAGAUGAUUUGGCAGCCAUAUACUGAGGCGGUGAUGGACCGACUUCUGGAGAUUUGUCGUUUAGACAUGCACAUUUGA